CUUAACGUGACGUAUUACACGGCUAGUUAAACGCGUAGGCGAAUCACGAGAGGCCCCAAGACAGAUUUGCGCAGUCCUCACCGAGAAUGCAGGACCCCACUCUGCCGUUCCAGUACAAGUCCCAUGACUCACUUCGUCUAGGGCUGCCGUCGCUCAAGGAGGACGCAGCGGUGAAGCACCCAGUGGAGAUCAUUCAGGUGGAGUCCCGCCAACGCGCGCAGGCCGCUCAGGGCCAGAUGCUGCGUGACCUCUACGGGAUAGCGGCGCCUGCCAAGGCUCAGAUUGAGUCGCAAAUCCUGGGCCGGUUCACCCGCCUGCCGGGGGCGGGGCCCUCGUCCCUGCUGGGGCUGGAGUCUCUCACCGGCGAGCUGGACGAGUUCAAGUAUGAGUCCUACCUGGGCCUCCCCGACAUGUCCACUCUGCCGCCCGUGGAUCUGCACAGCCAGAUGGAGCUCAAGCACGGGCUAGCGGCUGUGGGCAAGGACCAGAUGGCGCGCGGCCUGGCCUAAGUAGCGGAAGGAGCGAGCGGCAGGGGGGCGGUGCACCCUGACAGCGUGCGCCGGCGCUGGCGGCUUAGGAGUAGGGGCGCGGGGCCCCAGUGUAAAGAUAUAUGCUGAAUCAUAGAUAGAUGGGUUGUCCCCAUUGGCAACCGUGGAGGUAUGCGUGGACGCGGUUGGUCUGCGUUUGGUGGCGCCGUGGUCCUGUUGGCGCUAAGGGUUGCGGCUCCACAGUAUCACAGUGAUGACGAGGUGGUGGGUGCAUCGACACAGACCGCCCCUGGCCGUGGAUUGAUACUCUUUGGUGUGCCUACAUGUGCAGACGAGUGCUGUGGCGCUUGAGGUUUGGCGGUGGUUAGUUGCAUAGCAGCACAUCCGCAUUCAUAGCAGCGACGGGUGAGUGUGCGCGGAGUCAGGGUUCUCAGACGGGCUCAUGCCGUGUUAUGACCAGUUUGCCGAUACGCGACAACAUGAAUGACUUCUGUAACGGUUACAGAGC